AACACACAUAUGAGUUAGUGGAUUCAUUAUGUGGGUAAUCGUCACGAUAUGUUGCAAGUGGGCGGGGUGUUUACGUUACGUAAUGCUAGGUUCUUAUCGCUUGUGUAACAGUGAUUCGAUUGUUUCUGAAGCGUUACGUAGCAGAUGCCACUGUUUUGUAUGUUAUACACAUAAUUAAUACCUUAGUGUAACUAAGAAACAAUUAAGAGGUUUCUCAAGGAUAUGCGCUACGUUAUCUUGGGGUAGAUAUGUGCGAUGGUAUACGGAGUGUUACAGUGGGAUGAGUUAAUAGUCGAAAAGUUUAAAACUAACGUUACAUAAUUUAUAAACUAUCCCUAGGAAUUUAAUGGUAAAAAAUUUGUCCUAAAGAAAAAUUAAAUAGAUGACUGAUAUGACUUUAUUGUUAACAGGAAAAGUAUGAUGUACAGGGGCAAGACACUACUAUAAUUGAAGACAAUGUGACGAAACAUUGCAGCCCGGCAUUAUGACCAUGUCAUAAUAAAUAAUAGCUUAUUAAGACUAUAUUUUAUAAAGAGGAUAUCAUUUUACUUCGCGCUUAUUCGAAAUAUUAUUUUUACACGAGAAAGAAAAAUACUAUUUACUUCAUCAAGGGUUCGCGAUUAUACAAGAUUUAAAGAUGGCGACUUCCUUUAUGACGAAGGUUGAACGUGAAUGACGGAUUGACGUCUGUCAGAAGGAAAUAAAGAAAAGAAAAUGGACGAAAAGACUCAAAGUCUUGCAGAAAUUGCAUCCGUGAAUAUAUGCUGUAUGAGGAAUAUUCUUUUAUGGGAAGCAGAGAAAGUGAUCAGGAUGUAACAAAAGUUAAAAUAUAUUAGUGGGAACUGAAAGUGCUGGCUACUGGAUGUAUGGUAUGCCUUCUUGCUUCUAUGGCUGGUGCCCUAUUUACCAUUGAACAGAUUGAACUGAUUCGCCGCUUGCGAAGCAGCGGUAUUACAAAGGAACAAGUAGUACAAGCUUUUGAACAACUAGAUCGGUUAGACAUUGAAUUGGGAAAGACCAAUGGAAAUAAUGUACGUGGACAACAUUAUAGUAGCCCAACAUCUACGUCAUCACUUCACAGCACAGAGACUUCUACUCCUGAUGCUGGACAUAACAAUAGUCCUUUGGGCAUUACAAUUACAAAAGUAACAAGCUUGCCUACAACCAGUCAAGUGCCGAAUGGAAUGUCUUCAAACUCUCUCAGGUCAGAAACAGUGCCAUCUAUGCAGCCAGCCUUUAAACAAGGUGAACAGUCAUGUUCUCAAUCAUAUUCUCAACCACAAAGUAAUGGUACUUCCAAUGAUGGAAUUUCAGAUAUAGUAUCAACUAUUCCGCCAAAUGGCAAUGUUUCUCCUUCACCCAAUUCAUCUAUUACUUCCCCUACCUCAAAACUUCCAAGUGAGUUAACCAUUAUACCUCUCAGUAAUUCAUUAACCCAACCAACACAAUCUGUUAGUGAUGGCACAAUUGUUAAUAAUCCAGCAAUGUUUGCAUCGAAAUCUGAAUCAUCUGUUGGUGUACCUAUUCAGUGUUUGAUAAAUCCUCAUGAUUUACUUCAAGAUGAAUGCAAUGAAAUGGAAGAAUUGAAAAAGAGGGGAGAAAUGGCUAUUUUGUCAGAAAUUCGAAAUUUUGUAAUGAGAUACAACAUCAAGCAAACUAUGAUUGCAGAGAUGACAAAAAUGAGCCAAGCAUACGUCAGCCGUUUCUUUCGAGGAGAUAUCCAAGACAUGUCAGAACGCACCAAAAAUACUUUCUAUAUGUGGUAUUUAACAUGUAAAAAUAAUCCCUGGAAAUUAGGUGUUACUAACAUGGCAGAUCGUCCUUUAUCGGAAAGAGAAAAGGUUACAUUGCCAGUGGUAAACAAUUGGUUCAACAAUCGUCGGAAAGAAGCGAAAAAACAAUUACGACAGCAACAUGCAGCAGCUAUGGCAGCAGUAUCUGCUGCUCUUCAACCUGCAGGAAUGCCAUCUGUAUCCAGUUUAGGUUGGCCAUCUUCUACUUCUGCAGCACCACCUCCCACAAGCCUUCCACCUUCCAAUCCAUUAGUGCCCUCCAUACCUAAUAGUGCCCAUCUUGAUCUGUCUAACGAAACAGCAGAUAGUGAUAGUUCGCAUGAUUCGCAAGGACAGUAUGAUAAUGGUGAGAUGAUGGUUAUGGAAUUAGAUGACGAUGACAAGAUGCAUGUAAAGCAGGAGAUAUGAAGCUCUUUCACGAAUGAAAAAUUAAUGUGUGAAAGAUUCACAAAAUGAAACUUUGAGCUGUUUGAAAAUAUAUAUAUAUCUAUAUAUUUCUGGCCUUGUAGAUGACAGUAUUUAGUAAAAACGAAAAAAAAGUGGUCCGGCGGUCGAAAGCUGAUAGGAGUGCUACAAAUUGGGGUUGUGCUUUUACAUUUGAUCUCUUGCCAAGCAAGAUCUAUUCUUAUUUACUUUAAUUUUUGUGGUGUGCAAGUGGCAUAGCCAACAAAAUAAGACACUUUUUGAAGUAAGUUUGUCUUCAAUGUAUGUGUUUGCUAUUUGUCUGAUUGUGAAAGAUCAUUUGAUGGUAGCUAUUUCAAAUAGGAUAUGUCUGAAAUAUCAAACAUUUAUUUAUAUCAUUAGAUGGGCUCGUGUAAAAUCAUGGCAGCCAUUACAAUUUGCUGUGAAAACAUCAAUUUGUGAUCAAUUUCGGUGCCACCAUAUUCUAUAAGCACAACAUAAACAUCUGGAGAAAGUGCAAAUAUAAAUUUAACUAGAUAUUUAAAGAAAAAAAAAGUGAUAAAAAUUAUUUUAUUUUGCUGUCUAACCGACAGAACGAGAAAGGGUUUCAUUUGAAGAUUAUAUUUUUAAUCAACAUAAAUGCAUGUCUUGUGAUGUUUGAGUCUGUAGUCUGUUUUAGACAAGGGUGAUAUAAUUGGGAUAUAUCUUUAUUGAAAAGAAAUUGCAUGAAUUGAAUAUGUAUGUGGUGAUGGUGUUUACAAUAGAUGAUUGAGGCAUUUGAUGUCAUAACCAACUGCAGGGGGAAGUAACCUAAUUUUGCAAUUAUAUUUCUCUAGCAUUUGUAAUGACUGGUACCAUUGACAAAAUUUUUUUCAAAAGAUUUGCCAUUGUUCAUUCAUCAAACAUUGUAAAUAACAUAUUUUAAAAAAAUGAUUGCAUUACAAUGGAUGUCAACAGAAAAAUAAUUUUGUCUUCUGACAAAGUCCAGUUGAAAUGAACAUAUUUUGUAAUAUUCCUGCCAUAACAAUUUUUACCAUAUUUUUUAUCCGAUGCAAACAUUUACGAUUUUUUUUGUUCUUUCAGACUCUUCAGUUUUUUCCUUUCAUCAGUUGGAUUUUCAUCAUUUUACAUUAUUUAUUUAUUUAUUUAUUUAAGCUGCCAAUUUUUAUUUUUGAUCUUAAAAUAUAAUAUUGCAUGUUGAAUAACGUAAAACAUGCCAUCACACUCAUUAGUAACAUCCGCCAUCUUUUGGAGAUUAUUUGGUCCGUGACGUCAGACUGAAACAUCAUCAAUUUGAAUUGCCGUAUCUUCGCUAGCCAGUAUUACGCUAAUAGUUUAUAAUUUUCCAUAAUUGAUUCACAAAACAGUUGUUGGAUUUGUUAUUUAUUUGCCCUUCAUACCUCAUACAUUGUUGCCAUAAUCGUAAAAAAAAAA